AUGUUAGAUUUUCUAGGUUUUAUUCUGUCUUAAAUUAAUGAAGAGGAUGUAAGAUUAAAAUAAAAGAUGCAAGCUGAUGAAGGAUGUAUGUUUUAAUCAAUUCAAUAAUAGAUAAGAGGUCUGGUGAAAUAUCUUAUAAGCAAUUGGACUUUUAUUGA